UUGAGCAAAGAACAGAAAGAUAAUAGGCAUGGAAGAGACCAUCAAGAACCAAUCUGGAACUUCACUUUUGGUACCAUCAGUUCAAGAGUUGGCUAAACAAAAGUUGUCUACUGUUCCAGAAAGAUACAUUCAGCCUCAACAUGAACACAUGCUUGUCAUCUCAGAAGAAGACAACAGAAUCCUUGAGAUUCCAGUUAUUGACAUGCACAACUUGCUUUCUCUAGAGUUUGGAAGUGCAGAAUUGGAUAAGCUUCACCAUGCUUGUAAGGAAUGGGGAUUCUUCCAGCUGAUAAACCAUGGUGUUAGCUCUUCCUUGGUGGAGAAAGUAAAGUUGGAGAUUCAAGAUUUCUUCAACCUUCCAAUGUUAGAGAGGAAAAAGUUUUGGCAGAGUCCGCAACACAUGGAGGGUUUUGGUCAAGCUUUUGUUGUGAGUGAAGAUCAAAAGCUUGAUUGGGCAGACCUUUUCUACAUGACCACCCUUCCAAAACACUCUAGAAUGCCCCAUUUAUUUCCACAGCUCCCUCUCCCUUUAAGAGACACUCUAGAACUUUACUCACAGGAAAUGAAAGACCUUGCGAUGGUUAUCAUUGGCCAUAUGGGAAAAGUUUUGAAGAUAAAAGAAAGGGAAAUAAGAGAAUUAUUUGAAGAAGGGAUACAACUGAUGAGGAUGAAUUAUUACCCACCAUGUCCUGAACCAGAGAAGGUUAUUGGACUCACUCCUCAUUCAGAUGGAAUCGGUCUCACUGUUCUCCUACAAGUCAAUGAAGUAGAUGGACUUCAGAUAAGAAAAGAUGGCAUGUGGGUCCCGGUUAAACCUUUGCCUAAUGCUUUCAUCAUCAAUGUUGGUGACAUAUUAGAGAUUAUAACAAACGGCAUAUACAGAAGCAUUGAGCAUCGAGCAACAGUAAGCUCUGAAAAAGAAAGACUUUCAAUAGCAACAUUCUAUAGUCCAACUCAAGAUGGUGUGGUAGGUCCUGCAUCAAGCUUGAUCACUGAACAAACACCAGCACGAUUCAAAAGCAUUGGAGUAAAGGACUACUUUAAGGGCCUAUUUUCUCGUAAACUUGAUGGAAAAUCCUACGUAGAUGUCAUGAGAAUAUAGCUCCACUGUUGAAGGCGCAAAAAGUACUAGUGUUGAUUUACUUUAUUGUAUCAUCGUGUGCCAUUGUUUGGUUGCUACUUGUUAUUGUCCAUGUUAUUAGGUCAUUGAUCGAGUGUGUAGAAGAGUUUAUAUGUAGAGUCUAUUUCGUAAAAAUGAUUUAGGACUUUCAUUUACUCUUCUAAGCUUAUUUUAGGAAGUUUGUGUAACUAAUUAAAAAUAAAUUUCAA